GAUAUUGAACGGUGCCUUUGGUAACCGGAAGUGUAUAUUUUGGGGAAAGAGGUUUCAGUAUACUAAAUUCAUACGCUAAAAAGGGGAUAAAAUUCUUACUUACUGUAAACGGAAGUUGGAAGGACACUAACAUUGUGGCUGUGUUGUUAGACCUUAUUUGUUUUACACCACAUAGCAUUGAGGUAAUUUGAAAUGGCGCGGUUGGUAGCCGUGUGCAGAGCUGAUGACUACCAAUUUGAUAGGCGACAGCUACCGUUGGUCGUUGAUGACAACCUGAAGAUGGUUGUUCAGUUCAGCGAUAACUGCGUAGACUGUGAAAAUGUGCGCGGAAUCAAGAGAAAGGAACUGGAGCAUUUUGUCCAGAGGUUCAGUAUUCUGUCAAAAGACGAGAUUGCUGUGGAGAUGAUGGUGACCAGUCAGGACAUUAUGAACAUGUUAGCACACAUGGUGCCUUGUGUGGGUUGUAGAAGAAGCGUUGAAAGGUUAUUCAGUCAGCUAGUGGAAGGCCAGCAUUCAGCAUUAGAACCUCUCAUCAUCACAAGGAAAGGAGUCAUGUCUGUCAACAGAGAGUUCCUAUUUGAUCCUAAGGCAUUAUAUGCAUUAUUUUACAUUCAUGGAGCAAAGUUAAAUUCCAUGAUGGAUUCCAUUCCCAAGAGCAAGAAAAACAAGCGUUGUAAUCUCCAUUCUCUUGAAACACACAAGAAUCGAACAACAGGGAGCUGGAUUGAUAUUUGGGAUUUAUUAGCCCAGGAAUGCCGUGAGGAGGUUGUUUUAGUCGAUGCUGAUAGUUUGCUGGAAACUUUAGAAAACUACCUGCGGAAACACAGAUUCUGCUCUGAGUGCAAAGCCAAAGUCCUUCGUGCCUAUAGUAUUUUGGUUGGGGAUCUAGACUGUAACGCAGAGAAGGGAUAUUGUGCUGUGUUGUAUGAGGGACUGCGAUGCUGUCCUCAAGAGAGGCAUAUUCACAUGCAGUGUGAUACAGAUUUUAUUGCUCACCUGAUUGGCCGAGCCGAGCCAGAGUUAGCUGGAGGGAGCAGAAGAGACAGGCAUGCCAAGACCCUAGACAUAGCUCAAGAGGAGGUCCUGACAUGUUUAGGAAUCCAUAUUUAUGAGAGACUCCAUCGCAUUUGGCAGAAGCUGAAGGCAGAGGAGCAAACAUGGCAGAUCCUGUUUUAUCUCGGUGUUGAUGCACUGAAGAAAAGUUUUGAGAUGGCCAUGGAAAGGAAACAAGGAAUCUCCAACUUGGAGCUGAUCUGUGAAGAACUUUUGGAGGAGGAGAGGGUAAAGGAACAGAAGAGGGAGCAGAAGCGACAGAAACGAAAAAAGAAGAAGGCUAAGUCUUCUCAAAUUGUCGACCCUGCUGAAACACAGACUGAGGAAACUCCCGUUCAGUGUGAGUGUGAUAAGAACCAGUCCUGUAGUAAUGACAAAAUGACUCACAAGUCAUGCUCAGAGAAGUGUAGAGUGUUUGGUGAUCAAAAUUCCAAUACAACACUAGCUUCCAGGGAGAGUUGUCGGACGUCCGGAACACCGGAGCGGCAGAUGAAGAACGGGAGUAUGAACAGUGAUUGUGGAUAUUCCUCGGAUGUGGAAGGCUGUGAGUUUAGUAUGCCCAGUUCUAAUGAGGGUUCGGACAUUCUCUGUGAUGGCAGAUGCAGUAGUCAUGAUGGCGGAGACAGUGUUUGUGAGUCGUUGAUUGACAGAUGUAACUCUUGUUCCAAUUCCGUUUGUCAUGGUCCUCCUAAAAAACAGGACCACAGUUACUGUACACACAAACCCAAGAAUGAUUCGUCUACUCUCAGUGUAAGCUGUAAAUGUGCCAACGGUAGUCCAUCCCUUAUCCAGAUGAGUCUCCAGGAUAUGUUAGAGGCUCCGUGUACCUCGGAUGAUGAAGACUUCAUUUCAGAAGAGGAAAUUCAGCUUUUCAAGGCCAACCAAUCCAACCUCCUCCUGAAACGACAAGAAUUACGAGAAACGCUGCGGAAACGCUUCGACACUCUCCAACAGCAGAGAUCACCAGAGAUGUCUAGUCUCGAUCAUGUUGUGCAGAAGAUGUGUAAUUUGUAGAACGAGCAUUGCCAUACUACGUCUGUGAUGAGCUUCAAUGCUUUCCUGGUUUUGUUUGAUUUCGUUUAUUGACAUUGUUGAGAUCACAUGCUUUUUGAACUGUAUAAAGAAAAUUCACACUUUCAUUUUUUACGUACACACUGUUUCGAGAUUCUUUUCUACAAAAUGAUUUAUUGAUAUUUUAGGAAGGCUCUGGUACUGAAAGUGAGAGAAUUCUUUAAGAAUGGCGAUUAAAGCUAAAACCAUUUUUCACUCAUUUUCUUUUCAUGUGAAAUUAGGUUUAUGAAGACAUCUUUUAUAUUUUUCUGAAAAGUGAUCUAACUAAUUGUGGUGUAUCAUUCAGGAAUUUCAUGUGUAAUGGAUAUUUUCUGCAGUUGUCUAAUUUUUGCAUAUUGAUGCAGAUAGAAAAAAAUCCGUCAAAGUAUUUAUAUAGAUAUAUAUAUAUAGGUACAUACAAGUAUGAUGCAAGCACAGAAAUUGGAAAUGCAGGAUAUGAUUUGCUACCUUUUGGGGAUGAAAUCACAAAAAUUCCAACUGCAUUAAAUAUUUGAUAUAUGGUAUUUUCCCAUUGAAAUUUCUUAUUAUAAAUAACCAUAACAACAUCUGUUAUAUUAAAGGAAAAAUUCUAUAGUUCAAGAGAAAACAUGAUCUUGGCAUGUAUGGGGGUACUCAUGAGGCAAUUUAUAAGGAGGAUAUGGAAACAGAAUAUGUGCUUAUUCUGAUUUCAAGAUGAAACAGCUGCACAAAGUAAUGAGUUAUUGCAUUGUUUGAAGUGCUAGUUACGGGAGACAAGUCCAUGUCUAUUGUUGAACAGUUUGAGGCAAGAUUUGGCCUCGGAGGAUAAGAUUUUUAUUCUGUGAUAAAAACAUGGUAGUUUACAAUUAUACAUUGUAGAUGAUAUUUAUUGUCCAUUAAUAUUUAAAUAAUCACAAUGCUCUGGAUGAAAACUUGAUAAAUUUAACAAAAGUGUUAUCAAAGGGUUCAUUUCAAUAUGUAAUGCUGGAAACCAAGUUUGUUGUACAAACAAAUUAACAUUUCCUUUAAUUGUAUUUCAUUAACGUACAGCCAUUGCUCUAAUGAAUUUUUUAAAAAUCUAUAUCCUUAAUUGUUAAACUUAAGAGUCACUAUGAGAAACUUCUUAUAAAGAAGGGAAAACAAAUUCACAAUGGUAACAUAAAUGAAUGUUUUAAUGACACAGUGAAACCAGCUCACUGUUGCAGCCAUAUUUCUUUUGACAUGCAUUGUAUACUUUGCUUGUUUUGAGGGCCUUAUUGUCAGUGUUUCGGUCGGAAGUGGUGGUUGCUGGAGUCCAUGAUGCAAGUAAACUUUCCAUGAAAAAAUCUGACUCACUGUCGGAGUUUGAUCUUGGAAAAUACUUCGACAUGUUUAUGUCUGGUUAGACCAUGGAACAACAGAUUUGGAAUGUUGAAAUAUGUCGUUACCAUUUGAUGUGUUAACUCUGGGACAUUGCUGCAUGUUUUAACAGAGUAUUAAAUGUCGGUUUUCUGUAAAACAACUUGUUACCUGCUUUACAUACUGUACCAAUGAAAAUUGCUUUGGGUUAUUAUAUCGUUUAAAUAUCAGGCUGGAGAAAACAGCACAAGUUGGUUUGCAGUAUUGUAAAUGAUGUAGGAUUAAAAUGUACAACAGCAAUAAACAAUGGUAGUGAUGGGUGUGUGUAGAUAAGCAGCCGUUUAAGGAAAUAUAGACAUGGUCGAGGUGUUGAAUUUAUAUUUGCUGUAACUUGCAGGUUAAUUUAAACUGAGAGAUGAUCAUUUUGUUGAAAUAAAACUAUAUUAUUUACA